AAAAAAAAAAAAAAAAAAAAGAAAAGAAAAGCGUUACCACCGUCAAGUGGCGAGACUCGCCGAACGGGGGACGGACGUUAAGGUCGCGAUGACGUGGCGGGGAAGAAGAUGAGCGCCGAGGUGACGAAGGAGGUCGUCGCCACCGAGAGGGUCCCGACGAGCCCUCCGGCGGCGGUCGCGACCUCACCGGGCACGGUCUGCGCCGGCGACCUGUCCGCGCGGCAUCUACCGCCCUUCAGCAGCUUCGCCGGCGACAAUACGAUGGACACCUCAACGACGCUGACGACUCUCCACUCCCAGGACGUCGGCCCGGGCCUGAUGCCAUCCUGGGACUACUACGAGGGCCUGACCGGACGGCUGAUAGACUCCCGCGGCGAGGUGAUUGUGCCGAGCCAAUAUCGACCAUGGGAAUCUAAGGGCGGCGGUAUAGAAGGUCUGCCCAGCUUCGCCAGUCAAUUCACCGCCCCGAGCGAAGCCGAGCCGCAAUUGACGGCGUUGACACCACUAUCACCGGCGUCCAUCUCGCACUCGCCGCCGGUUACAUCGGCCGUAGGCUUGCCGAGCUUCCACACGCUCGGAACACCACUUCCGGCACCGCAUCCGCAUCGCGGAUCGGUUGGUUAUCCCCUGGUACCGGCGCCGGUACAGGCUCGGGAGGUCCCGGCGCUACAGCAGCAGUUACUCGACGAGCGUCAUAUACAGCUGUUGGGCUCCAGUCCGGUCCAAGCGUUUCCGCCACCGCCGGGUCACCCUCAUCACACGGUGCUGACCGUAGUAAAGCCCGAGUAUCCGCAACUGCACCAUGCAAAUUUUCAAAAUCCGAUGUCGACCGUGCUGGACUCAUCGCCGACCUCGCGACCGAUCGGCAUCGACGGCCGUAAGAAGGAGCGCAGAAAAAUCCGCGCGGGUUCCAUGGAAUCGGAAGAUGGCGGUGGCAAUGGCGGCAGCGGCGGUAGCGGCGCUGGUACCGGCAACGUGGAGAGUUCCGGCCAGGUCGCCGCUGUGUCCUCUACAGCGAAUCGCGGCGUGCAUCAUCUCGGUGGUGGUAUGACCGAUGGCGACGGUGACGGCGGUCUCGGGGACAAGCCGGCGAAGAAGAAGCGAAAGAGAUGCGGAGAGUGCAUAGGCUGUCAGCGUAAAGACAACUGCGGGGACUGUGCGCCGUGCAGAAACGACAAGAGCCAUCAGAUCUGCAAGAUGAGGAGAUGCGAGAAACUCACGGAGAAGAAGCACCUGUACCACCUGCAGACCGGAGAAGGGGCGUUCCGGGAGCGCGGGAGGGGACGAGGCAAGGGUACCACGAGGAGUUAUCGAAAGAUUGCACGGCAAGUGAAUACGCCUGACAGCGCACCAGCUGGUCUUGGUAGUCCGCAGGCUGGUAUCGGCGGUUUACAACAACAACACCAGCAACAAACGCAACAAUCUUUGCAUCAGGGAGAUCCCAUGCAGCAGACCAAGGACAAUCUCAACCCCGCGGCGAACCAACAAACGGGCGCCUUGAGGAACGGCAACCCGCCACCACCCGUCGUUUCUAUGUCACCCGGAGUAAUGCCAUUUUAUGGAGAUUCCGGUACCGGCUUCCGACCAGCAGCUGGUUUUGGAAACACAGUUUGGCAUCAAGGAGUCGGACCAGUUGGCGCCGUCGCAGUCGAGACAUCACCGGCGCCGUGGCCGCCUCAACAAUUUAUUCAACAGAUUUCCGCCCCAAAUCAACUCGAAGAAUUGAGGUACCAUACUCAGUAUAGCGCCGCAACACCCUAUCAUCCUCAAGCAGUCCCAUAUCAGCAACAGACAUUCAUACCGGCGGAUCAGUCUGCGUUUCAACGAGCCGGGACGACGGGACAAUACACCAUCACGGGACAGCCUUCACCGCUGGCUCCUGUUGGAGGACAGACAGUGGUUUCGACAUCUCAGAGGCAGUUGAAUGGACAAUUCGUAGAUCCUGCAGCUACCGCUAAUCAGUCAGUUGCCUACGAAAGACAAGAUUAUGUAAACGGCUACCAACAACAAGAAGUGACGAUGGCACCGCCUCCGUCGACGACGCCGACAAGUCGCAGCAGUUCGGUGCACAUGGAUAGUCAACAACAGCAACAGGGAGGUUCACAACAGUCAUCGCAGCAGCAGCAGCAAACUACCGCGGAUACGCAAGUAAAAGGAUUCGCCACGAUUUCCGCCAGUAACGUGUCGGGAAACGAGAUGCCUGGGUAUCCACUUCAACCGGACCCACAGAGUUUACACAACUCUAACGGAUAUCCAGGCUACGUGGAAAUGGGUCAACAAUCAACGCAAAACCAAUGGCAUAUGGUUUCGCAGCAGCAGCAGCAGCAGCAGCAACAUCAUCAACAAAUGCAACGACAACAACCCACGGUUGACAAUACUCAACAGCACAUAUGGUCAGACACGAGCGGAAAAAUGAGCAGUAGUGUCAACAGUAACAUAAAUUGGCAAGACGGAGCGAUGCAACAACAGUCGCAUCACUCACAACAAAAUAUGCAAGGCAAUAUAAAGCAAGUGGAACAACAACAAACUACUCAAAUGCAGGAACUACCAAGACCGGCAAGUCACAUGAGCUGGGAGACUGGAAGCAUAAAGGAACCCCAAACACCACAAUCGUGGUCCGAGAACGCUGACAACCAGCAGCAACAAACUCAGGGAAAUUGGUCGCGACAAAGUCCGAAACUAAGGGAUCCACAAAACUCACGGUUGACGCCAUCCAGUCAGCAGCAACAGCAGCAGCAGCAACAGCAGCAGCAGCAACAGCAGCAGCAUCAACAGCAGCAGCAGCAGCAUCAACAGCAGCAGCAGCAGCAGCAGCAUCAACAGCAGCAGCAGCAGCAGCAUCAACAGCAGCAGCAGCAUCAACAGCAGCAGCAGCAGCAGCAGCAGCAUCAACAGCAGCAGCAGCAGCAACAGCAGCAGCAGCAGCAGCAACAACAACAACAGCAGCAGCAGCAGCAGCAGCAGCAAUGGACGCAGCAAACCAAGGUGGAACAGAAUCCUAGACUCACACCGUCCAAUCAAAUGUCGUGGCCCGACACACCGACUAGUCAACCUAAUUGGUCACCAAAUAGCAUAAAGAGUGAUAAUAGUCAACAGCCACAGCAACAGUGGCAAGACUCGCAGCCCAGUCCUAGACGAACUCCAAGUCAUCAGUGGCAAAAUCAACUGACGCAGGAGAACAAGCUAGACAAUCGAAUGUCCUGGUCACCAAACUCAGUAUCGGAGAAUCAACCGAGUUGGGGGCAACAGACGACAAAACAGGACAUGCAAAACUCAGGAGAAAGAAUCACGUGGCAACAACAACAAACAACGCAACAACAACAACAGCAGCAGCAGCAGCAGCAGCAGCAAUGGACGCAGCAAACCAAGCCGAAUGGAUUUCCGGAGAAUCAGGAUAAUCCGGAAAACAAUGUAUAUACGCAUUCUAAUCGAGUAAAUCUCAAUAGUCGGCUAAAAUCGAUGAUCCUGAACAAGCAACAGCAACAAAUGCAGCAACAAUUGCAGACUCACCAACAUCAUCAGAUGCAAUCGCAACACAUUAACAGCAACAAAGGAUCCGCCGGAGAAUAUCCUGCGGAUGAUCAGAUAUGCGACGCUCACGAGAAUAGCGAAAAGAUGCAAGAAAAACACACGGAUCAUUUUAUCAAUCAAUCGAACAUUAUUUCAAUGUCGCAAUCUAAUGAGAACUUGACCGGUAAUUUUUUAUCGCAUAGCCACCACCCUCGGGUAGAUAGUUUGCCCGAUGGUGGUGGCUUAUGGGAAUGGACGGAAGGAGAACAUAAUCACGAUAAUAACGAUAACAAUAAGGAUAGCGGUAAUUCUGCAUUACCGUCAGAAAAUGGAAUGACAGCACUCGAAAGCUUCAUGAAGCUUGCUACGGAAAACAAGAAUGAUAUCAUUGAUCGAUCGCGCGACAAAGAGAAAGAUCAACAAUCUUGGGAGGUACAGAGGAAAGACAACGAAGAUCGAGACAUAGAUGACAAAUCUUUUCAACAAAGAUUAUGCAUGGAUCAAAUCGGGAACGCGUCUUUCGAGGAGUCUCAGAAGACAUCUGAUAGUGACGAAAUGAAAAGCGAUAGUCUGGAUUUCUUAAAGACGGCAAGCAUAACCAUUCGCACGUCUUCCCAAGAUAUCGACAAACGCGACUCCGAUCACGUGAUCAAGCAGGAGAAUAUCGGGGAUUAUAACUGUAAUGGAGAUACGUCCAAUGUCGCCGAGAAUGAAGAGAGCGGAAAGAUUAUUCCAGAUUAUAAAUUCCGCGGCGAUGGUGGCCCCGCAAAAGUAUCACCGGAAACCGGUUCAUGGUGCUGUCGAAGAGGUGGGACCAAACAACCGACUCCGGAACACCUAAAGGAUGGUUGUUGCCAGGGUCUUCAAACCAAAGACGAAAUGCUGGCCGAUUCUCCGCAAGCAGCCGAGUUAAAAAACGAAGGACCGCAUAGUCCGCGUACUCCUGCGUCUGCGGCGACCACGACGGCAAAGUUGCAAGACCACUUGGACAAACUGAAGAAUAAUGUCAGGACCGAAGUACCGGACUGCAACUGCUUCCCCGCCGACAAAUGUCCGCCAGAGCCCGGUUCAUACUACACUCAUCUCGGGGCGGCUGCAAGCCUGCCUGAUCUUCGGAACGAUCUUGAACGAAGAACCGGCCUUAAGGGCGACGCGAUACGAUUCGAAAAGGUCAUCUAUACAGGCAAGGAGGGUAAAACCACACAAGGGUGUCCAAUGGCCAAAUGGAUUAUCCGACGAUCCGGCAUCGACGAAAAGAUCUUAACCAUCGUCAAGCAUCGUCAAGGUCACAAAUGUCCAACUGCCUGGAUCGUUGUAGCUAUGGUUGCUUGGGAGGGAGUGCCGACUCACGAAGCGGAUCGGAUUUACUCUCUCUUAAGUCACAAACUCAAUCGAUUCGGUCUUCCAACAACUAGACGAUGCGGCACUAAUGAACCACGGACUUGCGCGUGUCAAGGACUUGAUCCUGACAAUUGCGGUGCCAGCUUUUCCUUUGGCUGUUCCUGGUCGAUGUAUUACAACGGCUGCAAGUAUGCUAGGAGCAAAACCGUCCGAAAGUUUCGACUGUCUGUACGAUCGGAGGAACAAGAAGUCGAGGAGAGAAUGCACGUCUUGGCGACACUUUUGUCGCCUUUAUAUCUUAGCCUCGCACCGGAAGCUUUCAAUAAUCAAACUCAAUUCGAACGAGAGGCGAGCGAAUGUCGUUUGGGAUUUAAGCCAGGUCGACCCUUUUCCGGUGUUACAGCUUGCAUUGAUUUCUGCGCGCACUCUCAUCGGGAUCUACACAAUAUGAAUAACGGAUGUACCGUGGUAGUUAGCCUGACGAAACAUCGAACACUAUCAAAACCCGAAGACGAACAGUUACAUGUACUACCUCUUUAUAUAAUGGACGACACAGACGAAUUCGGUUCAAAGGAAGGACAAGAAAAGAAGAUUCGCUCCGGUGCUCUUGAAAUUUUAUCUAAGUAUCCAUGCGAGGUUCGAGUUAGAUCGGUUCCACUCCAGCCCUGCAGACGUCAUGGUAAGAAAAGGAAAGAAGACGAAUCUGAUAUUUCGAACGGUAAAAAGGAUACAGCCAAGACAUUCCCAGAAAAGAUGGUGGAUGUUGGACGUUCGCCGGGGCACGCGGACUCUUCUAAACCACAACUGAGAGAGUCGCAAUUAUCGCUGGAGAUGACGCCAAUGUUUGAAGGAAUUGACGCGCAAUUGCAAAGUUCUCAGGUAUCAUCCACGGUCUUAGAUAGUCCGGUAUCCAUGUAUCAAGGUUGGGGAUCGUAUCAGAGUGAACAACAAGGAUGGAAUCGAAAUGGCUGGCUUGAACAGCGAAAAAGCAACUGGUUGAAUCCAUGGGGAGAGUAUCCUUCGUUUAGCGGUCUAGAAAGGGACAUCAAAGUAGACCCAGAUAGUACUAGUUUGGAUCCAGAUAUCAGACCUAGAAGUACCGUUUCACAAGAAGAGCACAGACCGAACUCAAGAAAUCUAGCUAACUCUACAGUGGAUUCAGCCAGAGGAUGUUAUGGAAAUUCAACUAGAACUCAUCCCAUUUCGCCUCGUUCCUACGCGAAUGUAUCCGGAGAAACGUCUUAUGGCGUGUCAUCGAGAGGCUAUGCCUCGAUGCUUCACGAUCCGAAGAUGAUUUCGUCGAAAGGACUGGAACAUUCAAAUAUGGAAAAUAAUUAUAAUCAUCAUAUGAUACCUGGAAAUUAUCCCGCUUCUGACAAUAGACAAAAUGACUGUUCUUCGAGAAUCGGUUCUCUCAAUUCAUCGUUCGAUGUGGAAGCCACACGAAACACUCCAUCCAAGAUGAAUCCGUCGCCAACUAUUCAUCAUGUUCGCAACACGGGACAGGAUUACAUCGCCAAUCAGUUAAGAUUAUCAUCUCCUAGAUACCCGGGAGAUUCUAGUCAGCAGAAAUAUUCAAACACCAUGACGCAAAAUUAUAUAGACGCUGAAAAUUCCGCGAAAUUGCUGAGGCCACAGAUCGAGCAAACAUUCGUAAAUAGAAUGCAACAACCUUAUCCAUCGCAACAGAUACAAUCAUCCAUAAAUUCCGGCUAUCCAAAUCAAUAUGGUGACGGUAAUACGGCAAAUUUAUUCUCUUGUAUAGACAAUAGUAAUCAUAAGACAAUGGAAACUCCAAGCACAGACAUUGUGAUGCACAGUUCUUUGCAUUUGCCAGCAUUUGAACAGCGAAAUGAUGCGCAAUGCUCAUUGAUGCCGAAUGAUCAACGAAAACCUAUUUAUCAUGCGCAAAGACAAUCGGAAUUAAAGCCCUUCGUGGUCAAUCAUCCUGUAUCCCCGUCCUCCGAUCAAGUUGCUUGUCCGCGUAAUUGGAAUACGACAAACUCAUGGGGUCCUAAUCAAGUUAAGAAUCCACAGCAAUCUAAUGACCAGCAGAUAGGUGAUAGAAAAAUCUGGGCCAAUAAACUAACAAGGACGGACCAAACCAAGACUACUUCCUGGGAAACGCCAUCUGAACCGUCGCCAUUCCGAGUGCCAAGAGGAAGACCACCCUCGCGAACGAUAUCCAAUCAGAAUCCACCUGCGGAGCCCAAUACGUAUCCAAAUCCUUUGACCAGAACAUUUUUAAAACCAUCGGAAUCAAAGCCUAUAUUUGCAAAUGCUCUAAGUAGCAGCUCGGUUCAAAAUGGAUGCAUAUCCAAUCAAGUAAAGAAUAAUUAUCCAGAAGAUAAAAUGCGAGAAGGAUUCUAUGACGGUAGGCAGGAAAUGCCCAAUUCCAACUCGAAUUCUCUGGCUUGGGCUGAGGAGAUGAAACAAGUACAAGAUUUUCAUGCCAUGUCCGGUUUAAGUCACCAUGCGUUUCCUCAAUAUGGAUAUCCGACCUAUCCGGCAUUCGAGAAACCUUACGUAAACUCGUGGGACGGUUACAAUUAUAAUCAUCAUCAGUCGUAUCAAACUCCGGAAUAUUCUCAGCAAUUUUACCAGCAACCAAAGCGCGAAGGCUGCUUUCACUCGUCUCAAUAUCCGUACCAGGGUCUGAAUCCAACAUACCAAGGUUUGAAUUCCGGUUGGACGAGGUGGGACGCACCGCGGUGGGAUAUCUACGGACCGCCACCCUACUUCCCGGUGUUACCGGAGCCUCCGCCAAAAGCGGAGCCACUUGGCGAAGUAGCGGAUUAUUCUGAAAACGAGGAAUGCUUCAAAGAUCCGCAAAUGGGUGGUGUCGCGAUCGCUUUAGGCCACGGCAGCGUACUCUUUGAGUGCGCGAAGCACGAGAUGCACGCCACCACCGCCUUAAAAAAGCCCAAUCGCCUCAAUCCAACCAGAAUUAGCUUGGUAUUUUAUCAGCAUCGCAAUCUAAACAGACCCAGGCACGGUUGGGACGAGUGGGAGGAGAAAAUGCGACUGCGAAAAUUGGGCGUCACGACAUCGACCAUCAAUAGUAUGUCCUCGUCGACGACCAAUUCAUCAACUUCAACUACCGUAACGAGUCCCGGCGGUUCGAUAAGUGGGAAAACGACGCCACUUCCAUCGCUGUCGCACAUUCCAAAUGUUCCCAGCUCACAGUUUAUGAUGAGAUCACCCACAUAUACUACGAUGACUUAGCUCUUCCCGAUGCACCCGUGCAUGAUAACUGGCCCAUAUCAGGAAGGCGGUGCGAUUGGAUGAGUCGAGGUCGGACGGUACAACUUCGAUCGUUGAUGAUCGAAGCUUGUAUCGAGAAAUGCCAGAAAUCUAAUCUAACAAGAGGAUCUAAGAUACAAGAUCCUGACGACGAGAAUCGCGACGUCUCCGAUCGAGGAUGAGCGACGAGGCGGCGACUUUACCACGAGAGGCUUUAUAUUGUUAUUAUCGUUAUAGUUAGUUAUUCCGAAAAAAAACGAGAAACACAAAUUGCACUGCCAUUUUUCUAUUUCGGGUUUUACGCAGGAUUUAAACAUAGCGACAAAAACGUGCUCGAAUAAAGCCUCGCCGGGUGUGAUAUCACCCUUUAUCGGGGCUCGCAUUUUAUAUUGACUUUUUACUGAGCUGAACUCGACAAAGGCUCUCGCAGUCGAGCCGGAGGCUGCAAAAUUGAGAUGACAAUGAUAAUGACCGAGGCUAUUGACGUAUCAGAAAAGCUCCGAUGAAAGGCUACGCCUUGCGAAGACUUUGAUACGAUAGAUUUUCGUAUUCUGAUCCUGUACACUUUAAGUAAUAUCGCUUACAUAUAACGAUUUCGUGUUGGUAGAAUUGUAAUCUUAUUAGCUAGUCGAAGUCUAGAUGAUGAAUCACGCGAUAUCACACGUAUACACAGAGCACACAUUAAGCGUACUGCACACUCCAAACACUCAAAAAAAACUUGCACGAUAUAAUCUCAGAAUUAUCGCACUUUCGAGAAACUUCGUAGAAGACAAAAAAGAAAAUAAAGAUAGCAUCGUAUAAGAAAUAUCAAUUAUUUGAAUUAAAUAUACAAUAGAAAGCGGGUAAGAUAUCUUAAUUAGGCAAAUAUUAUAACAUAAUGAUAUAUCUUUUUUAUAAUAUCUCUUAUUAUAUAUAAUAUCAUUUAUAAAUAAUAUAUAUUGUGAAAUGCUCUCAAGUUUUAAUAUCCGAUGAUUUUAAAUUUCUUUUCAGAGUUUGUCGAAGUGAAAAAGGGAGGGCGAUAAUUCCGGGAACAUCUCUUUUUAUAUUCGUUAAUUGAACGAUUCUUUGCGAAAGUCCAAGCACAAUCCUAAAUAUCCAAACGAGGACACGACGACAAUGAUCUCAAGUCUUUAAAUUAAUUAAAUGAUAUGUAAUGUAUAUCUGAUUUCUAGCCUUUGUACAUUUCGCUUCUUAUUCUCGUAUUUAUUUACGUGUUUGUACUCGUAGCUAAGUACUAAGUACGAUUAAUUCAAGUGGCAAGCGAUAUAAUACUAACCAUGCGCCCUUCGGGUCGGCUGAGUACAAAGCAUUUAUCUAACAAUCACGUGACGCGUAGAGUAGGGGUGGUGUAUCUAUCGGUCCGCGAUAUACGUUGGACACGCCAAGUGUUGUCUCCAUCAUCGAUUUAACGUUCUUCCCUUACGUGUGUUUGUUUCACUUCAUUUAACCCUUUUUACUCAAACCAAAAAAUAUUCGGCAUAAUUUAUUAAAAAUUCGACAAAUAUAUCAAAAUAAUUGUGUACGAACCAGUUGUAGGGUAGGGUUUAAAGGGUUAAUUAUUUUCCAAUAUGAGCGAUGACAUUUGCAUUUGACAUCUUGUCGAAAUAAAAGGGAUAGAUAAGAAUGGUCGAUAAAUAAUUGGUGCGACAAAAGGAAUUUGAUCAAUUCUCUCUGAGAUUCGACGCGUGGUCGUAUUAUUGAAUUAGUAGAUAUGGAAAAAUUCGAUCUGUGACUUUAUCAUUAUCUUCUUAUUAUACUCGAUUUUAUUUGUAUAUAUUAAUCGUCUUUUAGUCUGCGCCUGUUGCAAGCGGCACGAAGCCAGGCAACAGAGUUCUGCUGAUGACCUUUGAUAUCGAGGGCCAACCUCUGGCGGUGUAUCGAUUGGCUUCUUGAUGGAUUAUAGAUACCCACUGUCAUCGUGGAAAGCCUUUUAAAGGAUUUCAAUACGGUAGAUCGAUGUUUCUUGACACAAUGGCAGCGGAUCAAAACCAACUUUUUUGUGCAUAUUGGAUUUUCUGUUGUGUGUAGAGAAGUAUUAGAUCUUAAAACAGCGGAUUUGUCGAUGAGAAAUGUAACGUUAGCGCUUUUGGUACGUCUAGGCUGUCACUUGUGACUUUCCAAAUCUCCAAAAUCGGAGGCGAAAGCCAAAAGUGUUGUGUUCUCCUUCAUCCCGUUACGCUCCUAUCAAAUUAUCGAGCACAUUCCAUAUUUCCGUUAAGAGAGCUCAGUAAUAUCUUGACGGUGGUUCGCACCUUCCAUGUUCUUGAGUCACGCUUUCCAUAUUCUCACGCUGUCUUUUGAAGUAUAUGCUAUUUCCAAAGGAGUGACGGGUAGGAGGGUUCACUACGUUCUCCAAAAAAAGAAUGUCGCGGCCUUUCUCUCAAGUUCCUCGGCCUUCCUCAGGGAAGAUUGAGGAGCGCAGAGAAAGCGUCGUUUUAUCGAAAGCAUAAAAUGUCGCAUGAAAGUAAUUUAAAAAGUGCUCUCUUCGGUGACACUGGACGGCAAGAAUGCAAAUAGAAUUGAUUCUGGAAUGCCAAGAAUCAAAAAGGAAGACGGUAAAGCUUCUCGC